AUGGAUAGUGAUAUACACGGGGUCGUCGAAAAAUACCUGACGUCUGGGCAAGAUAUUGAUCAGAUUUUAAAGGAAAAUAAAGAAAGAAUUCAGACUAUCACGCAAGCCCUUCAGGAUAUCAUGAAUGCUGGGUAUUUUGAUAUACUAAAUAGUGCCCAGGAUUUAGUAGACUUAGCAAACAGCCAAGACUGCAAGGCAAGCUUAAGUAUCCCAGAGCCGGUUAAAAUCCUAGAAAAACCUGAUAUGACUGAAAAAACAGAAAUUUCUGAAAUAAUUUGGAGAGCUGUGGACUGUGAAAAAUACUUUGAAGCUAUCGAAAUGAUAAUAAAGGAAAUAGAAAAAGAAAGGUCAGAAGAGCUUAUAGAUAUCCUUAUUUAUAUUUGUGACCCAAAACAAAGAUCAUUAUUUUUAGAGGACGAGGAAAAGACCAGGGAAUGGCUAGCUGGGUUUACGCUUAUAAUUAAAAAUUUUGAAAAAUUGCCUGAAUUGGAUUUUGAGAUUGGGAAAUAUUGUGAAGGCGAUUUAUCAGAAUCUUUGUGCAGGUUUUGGCUGGAGCAGUUUAGUAUAUGUUUAAAACAAGUUACAGAUAAAUCUAGCAUAGAUGAUAUCCAAAAAAUUUUUUCUAUCUUCUCCUUGGCUAGGGAAACCACAGGCAAAAUUUCGUCAUAUGGCUAUAGAGCAAAAAAAUAUAUUAAUUUUUUGGUAUAAAUUAUAUUUUAAAGUAUAAAUUUUAGCAAAAAUACCAAGAUUAAUUUUAUUAAGCCCCUUUGUUAACGGGCAUAAUUAUUGCUUGCUAGCCAAGGGGAAUAAGGCAAUUUCUGUACUAAAAUAUGAGUUCCACGAAGGAAAACUCCAAGAUUUUUUGGCUAAUAAGAGUUUUGAUGUAAAAAUUCACCUAGAAAACACAAGUAAGAUAAGUGAUUUUAUAUUAAAAGACUCAUUAGAAGCUAUAAAGCCACAUAUUGUCAAUAUUAUCCAAAACACACAAGAUCUCAAAAAACUUAUGAUUUUUUUAACAAACAGAGAAAAAAGUGAUUAUGGCAUUCCUGAUUUAUGAGACAUAAUCAAAGACGACUGGCAAGAAAAAUUAAAAAAUAUUACUAUUGAAGCUUUAUUUUUUUUAAAUAAUUUAAAUGCAGAAGACUCUGAAAAAGACUUUGAAAAAAGGACUGAAGGUAUAGUGGAAAUAUUAAUGAUGCUUAAAACUGAAGAAUUUGCAGAUUACUUUGAAGAGCUAAGAGAAGAGUGUAUAGAUAAGCUUAAGGAGGAAUUAAAAAAAUAUGAAAAUAAGCUCUAUGUGGCUUGUCUGCUGCAUCAUUUGCAGACUUCUAAGUUUGUGAAUACACUGUUCCAAGAGAUUGCGCAGUUUUCAGAGCUUCAGGAGGAUUAUUUGAUGGAAUGGAUAGAAAAUUCGAAAAAUAAAAGUGAUUUUGAGGUAGCAAGAGAAGUUAGAAAAAUGUGUGGGGAUGACACUUUUAUUUUGAAAGGGAAGCAUUCGAGCUUAUUAGAAAUUUCGGAAGAUAGAAAAUUAUUUGCUGAUAUUCUUGGAUUACAAAUAUCAGAAAAAGAAAGUGAAAGCAUUAGUCUGCCAGAGAAAAAGCCAAGAAUUGAGAGGUUGCAGCUUCCUCCACGGUUUAUUCCACAUCUCAUCCAAGCUUAA